UCGGUCUCUCCCAUCACCAUCACCACCACCACCAUCCUCUGAGGUGUGUCUGCGCCGCUGCAGCUGCAGACAGACGGACUGAAACCGGAUCAUUCUCUUUGUUCACACGGAACAUGGCGUCAAAAUGUCCUAAAUGCGAUAAGACGGUGUAUUUCGCGGAGAAGGUGUCGUCUUUAGGGAAAGACUGGCACAAGUUCUGUCUGAAAUGUGAGCGCUGCAGCAAGACGUUGAAUCCAGGAGGCCAUGCUGAGCAUGAUGGGAAGCCUUACUGCCACAAGCCCUGCUACGCCGCCCUCUUUGGACCAAAAGGCGUGAACAUCGGCGGAGCUGGUUCCUACGUGUACGACAAUCUGGCCAACGAAGCCCCUGCCGCUGUUUCCAUGGAAACAGAUGCCAAACCAGAGGAGGAGAAGAAAGCCCACGCACGGGGACCAGUGAAGGCUGCAAGCUUCUCAUCUUUCUCUGGAGGACCCAACAUCUGCCCACGAUGCAACAAGACAGUAUAUUUUGCUGAGAAGGUGUCGUCUCUUGGGAAGAACUGGCACCGGCCCUGUCUGCGCUGUGAGAGGUGCAGUAAGACUCUGGCUCCUGGCAGCCAUGCAGAGCAUGAUGGACAGCCAUACUGCCACAAACCGUGCUACGCUGUGCUGUUUGGGCCCAAAGGCGUAAACACUGGAGGUGUCGGCAGCUACAUCUACGACGAUCCCGAAGCUGAGGCGGAGCCCUGAGCCCUGAUGCUGCCUCCAGAUAAAAGAACCACCUCCAGGACCCUCAAUGUCUCUUUGAUUUGAUUUGCCUUCGACGGUCAUGGUGACAAACGAUAUGUACUGCGCUCACAGGGACGGAUAUUUAGAUGUUUAUGUUGUAUUUGUAUAUUGUUUAUAUAUAUAUUUUUUGUACUGAAACAAACCUUUAACACGUCCUCCCAUGUGAGUUUCAGAUUUGCCUUUAAGUUUCUUGGUUCUCUUUGCCAAAUAAGUAUCAGCCUAUUAUGUAGUGGAUUAAAGCGCCUGUGUUUUUUUCACUUGUUAUUAAUAGUUUUUCAGAUUUUUGUGCACUUACAAGAUGUAUUGAGGGAAAAAAAAAGUACCAGCCGACCAAUUUAUUGUCAGUGUUUCUUGAACAAGUUCAUCCUGGUUCUAAAAAAAUCCUCGAUCUAAAUAAGAGGGAUGAGGUGUAGACGUAUGAGGUACUGUACGCACAUUUUAGACGUCCAUAUUACUGAAUGUUUUGAAGGGGAGUUUGGGGUCUGUUAAGAACAAAAAGGUUUCAACUGUGCAUCACAUUUUCUACAGUAAAACUGUGAUACCAAACCUG